AAUUUACCUUCUAGAAACCUGAUGUGACAGCAAUGCACACCCUUGUGCUUCUGAGGCCUCCCCUGUUUCUACAUGGUGAUGACCCCAGUACAUUCUACAUCACCUGCUUCUCCUUCUGACAGCGCGAAUGAGGUCUGGGGCACGUUAUUACCUGUAGUGACAGAUGACUGUACAUUGAUGUACAGUAAGCCUAUGCUUCUUCUGCUUCUCCAAAUUCAUCUCCACCUUGACGCCAGUGUCUAUUGCCAUCAUAGCCAAGGGAGGUACUGUAAUGGAGGAUCUCCAGAACCUAUCCUCAAGCACUUUGCCUCUUCUUUGGACUUUUAUAUAUGCUUUAAACAUGGAAUACCCAAUAAGCCAUGAAAAACACCUUUAUUAAUUUCAUUCCAAAGAAGUGAUGCAUUGGCAAUGUGGGAGAACAAACUUCCCACCCAAACUGCAAAGCCUGCAAGAAUCUCCUGUUGCUGAUUAG